CUCGGUCGCAUGUAGACACACUCGUAGCACGUAGCGCCGCUACGAAAACAUCGCUCUUGUUCGGACUUUAAAAACAAAAGUGUGUUGUGUGAGUGCUUUUUUUUGUGUGUGUAUUCGAGUUGGACGCAGUAAUGUCGCUGGUGCCGCCGGGGGGCGCCGACUCGCCCAGUCCACGCCGGGCCGUCAGUCCACUGCUGGAAAUGAGGAGACCCCACUGCACGCUGGCCUGUGACUACUGCGCAGCUAUACUCGAGGACAAAUUUAAACGUAGUGCAGAUAUGCGUAACCGAGGUACGUCGCCUUUGUCUGCGUCACCGAGGCAGUCUCUGACUGGCGAGCCACCCUGGACAUUGCCUGAUGACGACCGCCCAGAUUUUUCAGCUCUUAAAGAAAACAUACAAAGAAUUAAUAAAGACUGCGAGACGUCAACACGGUUGGACAUGCUUCUCACACAGGUGGAACAGUACGCCAAUAAUUUGGAAGCGUUGGUAGAAGAGCGCACGUCAGAUUACCUGGAGGAGAAGAGGAAAUGCGAGGAGUUGCUAUAUCAACUCUUACCCAAAUCCGUAGCGUCCCAGCUUAUAAUGGGCCAACCAGUGAUGGCGGAGACCUACGAUCAAGUUACAAUCUACUUCAGCGAUAUCAUAGGCUUCACCCAAUUAUCUGCCGAGUCCACUCCACUGGAGGUCGUUGACCUUUUAAAUGAUCUGUACACGAGUUUCGAUUCAAUUAUUGAGAACUUCGAUGUUUAUAAGGUGGAGACUAUAGGUGACGCCUACAUGGUAGUAUCUGGGUUACCGAUGAGAAAUGGUAACCGGCACGCCGCUGAAAUAGCAAGGAUGUCGCUGGCUUUGCUCAGAGCAGUGCGCCUGAAAACCGUGCCACAUCGGCCUGGAGAACGAUUGCUACUGAGGAUUGGCAUGCACACAGGUCCUUGCGUGGCUGGUGUGGUUGGUCUCAAAAUGCCUAGAUAUUGUCUUUUUGGUGAUACCGUGAACACAGCGUCACGGAUGGAGUCUCAUGGUGAAGCUCUCAAAAUACAUGUCAGUCCAAAAACGAAAGAGAUUCUCGAUAUAUACGACUGUUUUGAACUGGAAUGCAGAGGAGAGAUCUCUAUGAAGGGCAAAGGUAAAAUGAUAACGUACUGGCUGAUCAGAGAAAAAUCUAACACUCAAGAAAUGCAAUCGUACGAGGAAAUGAAUCAUAUUCAUACAGACAUCGUGAACAACCCUAGUAUCACAUUUCAAGGGCCCGAUAGUCCCGCAUCGCAUUCACUUACUCAAAGCCAAAGUCCUGAACGAGUCACUGAUAACAAAGAUACAAGUAACCAUAGACCACUAGAACUAUUGAGUGAAAGAGAUCGCAUAAAACAUGAGAUAGCAACAUUCGUAGCAAAAGAUUUGAUAAACAAUAUCGACAAUGCUGUUAGAGAAUUCAGAAAAUCACAAAGUGCAAAUUUUGCGUCAAUAAUUCCCUCAAAACCAAUAUGCAAUGGUAGCAAUAAAAGUCAAAUUACCCCUACAUAUGAUAAGGAGCUCGUCAUCAGUAAAGGAAAGGUACGAGAUGUCGUGAACAGAUUCAACAGUUGUGUUAUCAACGAAAGUGGGAGUAAAGUAACGAAAUCAAAAACUAUGAAAACUGAAGACUGAAUGUAAUAGAAAACUUUACGCUUAUUGUUUUUCCCUGCCCGGUCUAAAUUGAAUAUUAGAUUUAGAGAUCCGGUACUCAGAAUUUUAUAAAUAUGUUAUCGGUGUAUUGUGCUAAGCACAAAGUGACUUUCUACUUUAUCUAGUCAUUAAUUUUAAGACUUAACUUUAUUAUAAAUUGUAUGUUGACUAGAGAAAUAUAGUUUAUAGUGGGUGACCAAGUACCCUCCGAAUUUUAGGUAAUAAUAAAGAAUAUAAAUGUAGUAGACUCUAUGUGCGUAGAAUAAGAGAUAAUCGUGACGGCGAUUCAUCAGAAAGAUGUAGUGAGAUAUUAAAAAAUAUGAAGCGAUAUAGGAAUACUAUAUUGUAUUAUACACUUAGUCCCUGUAGUGUUUUUACUGACCUUUUAUACUUCCGUACCUUUCUAAUCAAUCGUAUACUUAGAAUAUUAAUGAUAGAUAUGAAAACCUCCCUCACUUAGAUUAUAUAAAUAGUGUCUCUAUACAAAUGCUUCGAAAAAAGCGGGUCAAAUUUUUAAUACAAUUUUGCGUGAUAAAUUGUUAUGGGUGAUUCCUUUAUAACUUCUA